AUGCACGAGACACUUACACCUUCCCAGCCAUCGACUAUGACCGCGCCUAUAUCCAUAGCCAUCAUCGGCGGCGGCCCAGGCGGCCUAGGCACAGCAAUCGCUCUAUCAGAACUCCCCUCCGUCUCCGUCAAGCUAUACGAGCAAGCAUCCGAGCCUCGCGAGGUCGGCGCGGGAAUCAGCAUCGGGCGGAAUGCGUGGAAUGUACUGGAGUUACUGGGCGCUGCGGAGGGCGUCAAGGGUGGGAAGAUUGGGCACUCGUGGCAGAGGAAUGGGCGCACGGGGGAGGCCGUGGAUCUUGAUAGCCGUGUCUCUGCAGCAUUGGAAGACAAGCAGGCGGAUGGCCCGCGGUAUGCCUCGAUUCGGGCAAGGCGGACGCGGUUGCAGGCGGCGCUGCUGGAAAGGGUUCCCGGUGGGAUAAUUCACUUUGGCAAGAAGGUUGUGGAGAUACGGGACCUUGGGCUGGGUCAGGGUGUGUGUCUGAAGUUCAAGGAUGGGACGGAGGUAUUGGCGGAUCUAGUUGUCGGGGCGGAUGGGAUUCGUUCGAUUGUACGACGCACUUUGUUCCCCGACCACCAUCUCCGUGUCACCGGAAACACAGCAUUCCGAGUGCUCAUCCCGCUCUCCUCAAUCGCCCAUGUUAAGGACUUCCCCACGUCGAACGGGUGGUGGCAUGUGUUGAAUGGUCAUCUCUACUUUGCACAGGUGGACGACGAGUCCGAGGAAGAACCUCGUCUGUGCGAGAUCACGAUCCGGUCGUACAACGAAGCAGUCACCCCGGACAGGGCUGCGACCUGGGCAGUACCCGUGACGAAUCAGCACGUUCUUGCAAGAACUGGGGAAUACGACCCCCGCAUCCAAGAAGUACUCAAAGCUGUCCCUGAAGGCGCGUGGAGAGAGUUCGCGAUGGUUGCCGGACCCUGUCUACAAGACAUCACAGCAUGGGAUAAGGUCGCGCUGAUCGGCGAUGCAAGUCACCCGCUGUCCGGUGCAUUCGGAUCCGGCGCCGCGUUUGCGAUGGAAGAUGGCUGGAUUCUGGCGCGGGCCCUGGAGCUAGAGUAUUCUAGGGCAUUUAACACGAGCACGAUGAUCAAGGGUGCAUUGGAGAUCUUCCAGCAAAUUCGUGGGCCUUACUAUGAGCGCAUGUAUGAGUAUCUUGAAUCACGGGAGAAGCAUUCCAUGGGGACUAGGAAGGAAGAUGUCGACUUUGAUAGUGUUAUAAGGGCAAGAAUCGCGGGUUUUGGAUUUGCGUCCAGCGGCAAGAUGGACUGGAUCUAUAAGAAUAAUAUCGAGCAGGUCUGGAAAGACCGCUCUAGCCCAUUAGAUAAGUUGAAAGCUCAGCUUUCUACAGGCAACACUUCCAACACAGUGACACCUGAACAAACCGAGCAGAACAUUCGCAAAACAAGAGAAGCCAUCCAACAAGCUUCAGACCUAGUCUUCGAUGUCCAAAAAAGACGCUUCACGCAAUGCAACAACCUUUUCCAAUGA